AUGUCAACUUAGUAAAAAUCAUAAUCGGCUAAAUAGGUUUAAGGGAAAUCUAAAGUACAAAAUAAACAAUCCAUGAAUUCUAAGAAACUAAAAUAAUAAAAAAUUUAAAAUCAAAAAGAAGAAUCAUUAAGAGAAAUUCUAGGCUUCUUUACAAAUUAAGUUGAUGCUAAGAAAUUUCUAAAGAAGAAAACUGCAAAAGAUCUUCUUGAUAAGGAUAUUAAUGAUAAGGAAUAUAAAGAAGAAAAAAUUUAAGAUGAAUUUCUAAAUCCAAAUGAAUUUGCAGAAGUUAAAGGAACUUAUGAUGAUUACAAUAUUGGAGAUUUAGCUAUAAUAUUUUAAAAUCCAGACUCAGAUAAUUGUGAAAAUAAACCAAUUUCUUUCAAAGAUGCUGUUAAAAUAUAUGAUGAAAUGUUAACUGUGAUGACUGAUGAAGUUUCAAAAUCAUAAAUGAAAAAAGAAAGAUGUUCAUUCUUAUUAGCAUUUUUAACUUUAGAUGAUUAUGAAGAUAAGAAAGAUGAAGGAAAUUAGAAGAAAAAGAAAAAGAAAAAUUUAAAGAAAGAAGAUAAAUAAAAAACAGUGAAAACUAUAUAAACAGGUACAUAAUUUGGAGAGGAAAAGGAAUAGUUAUAAAAAAAACAGGAAAAAACAUCAUAUGAUAGAUAUCUAGAUUUCUUAAGAAUGUAUAAAAAAUAAGAAUAAGAUUAAAAGUUAUAAGAGGAUGAAUAAAAGAAAGGUGGAGAAGUUAUUUAAUAAAAGAAAUAAGCAUAUUUAGAUGAAAUUGGUAUAGAACCAGAUAAAAUGGAAGUUAAUCCAAAUAUGGUAUUAGAUCCUAUAAAAGAAUUAUAAAAAGUAGAUAUAAGUGAUACUUCUUAAUUUAAAAAAGUAAAAAAAAAAUGGUGUUAAGGUUAAUAUUUAAAGAAGACUAAAAUUGAUGAAUUUCAAGAAAAGUAUGAAUGGACAUGUUAGAAUACUCCUCCAAAAGAUUUUCUAACAUUAAUUAGAUUUACAAUAAUGGCCAAAUUGUGUAGAAAUGGAUUUUUACAUUGUAGAUAAUUUAUUAAUGGUACAGGAGAGUUGAUUUUCCUUAUUUUAAAAAGUAGUAAAGAAGUAGUGAAAAGAUCAGCUUAAAAUAUGAAGGUUACAAAAUAGAUUGAAUUAGGAUUUGCUGAUUUAUUUAGUUUAGAACCAGUUGAUGAAAGUUUUAGACCUUUAAGAUUGAAGAAUUAUAUAAGAUAAUAUACAAAUAAUGAAGAAAUAAAGAAAAAACUUUAAGAAAUUCUAGAUUCAAGAAAAGAGGCUUAAAAUAAAGAGGAGGAAUAUAGAAAGAAAUAGGAUAUGUAAGAUAAGAAAGAUAAUAAGGAUUCAAAUACAGAUCCAAAUUAAGCAUUAGUUGAUUAAUUAUAACAUUUUAAAAAGAUGUAAGAAUUUAAAGAGAAAAAAUAUAUAGAUUAAGAGGAAAUAAAAAUAGAAGAAAAUGUUUAAUAAUAAAAUAAUUAAACAAUUGGAAAUUAUUGUGA